AUGCUUGUUCCUAUUGCUUCUGGAGGGCCCAAAGCAGCAGCAGCUGCUGCUGCUGCAGCAGCAACAUCCACAGCAGCAGAACCUGCUACUGCUACCAGUCCGCAUGCAGCGGAGGUCGUGGUGCAUGCAAGCCUAGCAGAGGAAAACGCAGACAGUUCAGGUCCCGGUAGCGCUGCUGCUGCUGCUGUAGCGGCUGCCGCUGCAGCAGCACUACCAGUACCAGCUGCAGCAGCGAGUAGUGUGGCUGCCUCACAGUAUAUGCCGCCUGGUAUAGCGGCUUCUACUGCUGCUGCUGCUGCACUUGAAGAUAAGACAUUUGUCGCAGCAAAAGCUGCUGCUGGGGGCUUCACUAAGGUAGCAAUGAUGCUUGCGGAGGGUGACGUACCUGUCAGUGCGGCAGCAGAACAGCAGCAGCAGCAACAGCAACAGCAGCACGAGCAGCAACACCAGCGACAACCCGAGGGCGAUGAGGAAGGGGCCCAAGGUGUGAAGAGUUUGAAUAGGGGCCUGGUGGGGUCGGAGCCGCGUGCAGAAGCAGCGGAGCCAGCAGCAGCAGCAGAGCCAACACUACCAGCAGACAUUGGAGGCGCAACAACUACCGCAACCGCAAUAGCAACAGCAGCAACUGUGACAGGAAGAGCAACGACAACAGCUACGGCAGGAACAGCAACGACAGCAGCAGGAGCCGUAACAGCAACGGCAGCAGCAACGGCAGCAGCAGCAACAGGAGCGCCCACAGGUCAAGUUCUUGCUGUGCGUCUCCCCGACGGGCGUCUUCUGCAUCUGGCCCUUCCCCCUGAUGCAGCUGUUGCUGCUGCAUGCGGAGCAGGAGGUGAUCGCGUCUCUACUGCUGCUGCAGCUGUGCUUCCAGACAAAGACGCAGCAGCAGCAGCAGCAGUACCCUCAGCAACGGUAGUGGCGGCGACCGUCGAGGCUGUCCCACCCCAACUCGCUACUGCAGUUGCUCCUGCUCCUGCUGCUGUGCUGCACAAGGCCAAGCCGCCGGGGCCCCCUCCACGUGGCCUUCGGCCCCCUCCUAAGGCGGAACCUAAGAGGGCAGCAGCAGCUGAAGCAACAACACCAGCAGCAACAGCAACAGGAGCCAAAGCGGCGCCUCCUGGGCCAAAGGGCAAGGCUCCGGGGCCACCACCUCCAGGCCGACCACCUGCAGCAGCAUCUAAAGCAGCAGCAGCAGCGGGUAAGAAGGCCAAGGCCCCGGGGCCUCCCCCGGCGAUGCCCAAAGGGAAGGCUGCGGGGCCCCCACCAAAGUGUGCCCCAGGGCGUCGGCCUCCACCUCCAAAAGCAGCAGCAGCAGCAGCAACGGAGACGCAAGCUGCGUCAGAAGCAGCGCUGCCUCUAGGUCGCAAGAUACACUGGAAAGCACUGACAGGAGACAAAAUCCACGCGACUGCUGCCGCUACUGCUGCUGCUGCUGGUGCUCCCUCUUGGGGUGCUGCAGUCUACCUGAGAGCAGCAGCACCAGUGGCAGCAGCAGGGUGGGUCGUGCUCCCUCUUGGGGUGCUGCAGUCUACCUGA